UGCUGUCAAAUCAAAUUGAACUAUCAAAUAUUGUUUUUAACAACAUAAACAAAUUGAUAACUGAUAUGCAAAACCAUUUAAUAAUUGACAAUUCAAAUGUUUCCUCCGGUUCAUAUUGAGCGUUGAUAAGGAACACAUUUUUUUCGUUAGGGUCUUGGCGUCAAGGUUUCGCACACGCAAUAAAAUAAUUUCUGGAAUUUUAAGAUUAAAGCUUCAAGUAUGGUUAGAGAUUGUAAUAAAACGUUACCUUUGAAUACCAUUCCAGAGGAAUUCGUAAACAAUGUUUACAUCAGUAAAAACUCCUUGGAAAACCAAAUUAGAUGUAUAUUAAAUGACUAUCCCAUAGUGGAAAAUGAUACUAUAAAACCAUGGCUGUUGCAAGUUAUAUCUGUAAUUGACUUGACUACAUUAUCUGGAGAUGAUACCAGGUCUAAUGUCAUUAGAUUGUGUCAGAAGGCUGCAAAUCCAUUAAAAUGUGAUCUUUUAAAUAAAUUGGGCAUUGAUAAUAAUAAACUCAGAACAGCGGCGGUCUGUGUAUACCCUACAAGAGUUCCUGAUGCCCAUGAUAUUAUCAAACAGAUGGGAUUGACUGAUACCAUACAAAUAGCAUCAGUUGCAACGGGUUUUCCAUCAGGACUGUACCCAUUGGUCAGUAGACUGCAGGAGAUAUCAAUUGCAAUUAGUAAAGGGGCAACUGAAAUUGACGUAGUAUUGGACCGAAGUCUAGUAUUGACUGGCAAAUGGGAUGAUGUUUACAAUGAAGUUGUACAAAUGAGAAAAGCUUGCGGUGAUGCUCACUUAAAAGUUAUACUUGGAGUUGGUGAACUUGGUACUUAUGAAAAUGUAUACAAAGCUUCAAUGAUAUCAAUGUUAGCUGGCGCUGACUUCAUCAAGACGUCGACUGGCAAGGAGGCGGUGAACGCGACGCUGCCGGUGGGGCUGGUGAUGUGCCGCGCUAUACGGAACUUCUACCAACUGACAGGUGUCAAGGUUGGUUUAAAGCCGGCAGGUGGUAUAAAGACAGCUAGAGACGCGAUUAACUGGCUGGUUUUAGUGUACACAGAGUUGGGCCCGGAGUGGAUCACACCAGAUCUGUUCCGUAUCGGCGCGUCUAGUCUGCUCGAUGUUGUGGAGAAAUGUCUCUGUAAUUGUACGAAAGUUACUCCCAAAAGUGAAUAGUAAUCAUUUAAACAUUUAAUACCUUAUGAAAUGGUUUAAGAAUGUUUUUUUAGAAUUACUGUAUUACGCAUUCCAUUACAUGAGAGAGAAAUACAUUUUUGUAACGUACUCAUUCCGUUUCACAAAGUUACCGUUUUUAUAAUUUUUAUUUUAAGAAGUAUGACUUCUUAUCGAGUACUGUGUUGCCAUAUUAUUAUUUUUUAGUUUUAAGUAACAAUUUUCUACGAUUGCAUUUUAUACCUUUUUGAUAUUGCGAUGUUUUCUGUACAAA